GAAAUGAGCUUUAGGAAUGAUUAUCGAUUUCCUAGCACAGUUUUUCAAUUUUUUUGGUUCAAAUAGCAGUUUUGAAGACAUCAAAGAUUAUUCAAGCUCUAGAAUGAAUAUGGGAAACAGCACUGGGUUACCAACCACAGUUUUAAAUUUUUAUGGAAAUGAAAUGCCCGGAAAAUAUAACAUUAAUGAACAGUCAGAAUCCUCUUCUUCAGACAGUGACAGUAAUAGUGAUAGUGAUAGUGAUAGUGGUAUGGACACAGGUGAUAUCAAAAUCUUAAAAUCCGGUAAAUAUAAGAUUUAUGAGCCACCUAGUGUUCCCUCAUAUCCUGAAACUACUGCAAAUUAUCAGUUUCAUCAGGAUACUACUUACUUGUUUCCUCCACAUUCAAAAAUAACAUUUGAAACUGUUUCAAAAAUUGAAAUGGAUAUUGAUUUCAAUGACAUGAUUUCUCUUAUAUUUUUGCUGUUUGACAGUAAUUUUGCUCUACAGGAGAUACUGUCCAUGGUAAAGAACUACCAAGUCAACGGUGUUAGAAAUUUUGUAAAUGACAAUAGAUUGUCAAGUUGGGCUCGAUACCAGAAUAAUAACCAGACCAGUAACUGGAGAAUGGAGUUGGUGGAAGCUCUCGCUGUGAUACAGAAUUACAGGAUUUUGGAGAAACUUGGAUAUAGUAGAAAUGAAAUAAAUGAACAGUUUCAACCCAAAAGUAAUGAGACUUUGCAUCUAAACAGAGCAAAGAAAAUGCUUUUUAAGUUGUGUGAUUGCUUAAUUGGAGAACAAGCCAUACAACUUAUCAAUUUUGUAAGAACAGAGAAAAAGUUUGACAAUGAUAUUACUAUAUCUUAUGAUAUAGCAAACAUGGAACUUCAUGUUUUGUUCUGGUUGACUCAAAGUGCCAUUACCAUUGACAAUGGAGUUAAUGUAAACGUUGUAACAAAAUAUUUGAAAAGAAUGAAUUUGUCAGAUAUAGUAGAAAGAAUUGAAGAGACAGUUAAGAAGAUCAAUGAAUUUCUUCCGAACAAAUACAACUUAAGGGAAGAGGAGGAUAAAAAUUCCUAUAAAAUUAAAAACCCAAAAAAUGUUGGGCUGUUGGUUAUUGUAAAUAUGCUUGAUUUCGAAAAUAAUGUUGAAGAAAGAGAAGAAUUUAAGGAUCAACUCCCUCCUUGUAAAUUACCCAAUAGAACUGGGUCACUUGAAGAUGUAAUUAACCUCAAGAGCACAUUCACUAAGUACUUGAAUUUCAAAGUUGUUAUUGAACACGAUAUCAAGCAUGAUGAUCUGAUCAAUGAAAUACAAAAGAUGAUAAGAAAACAUUUUGUUGAGGAACAUUCAGCACUCUUUCUGUGUAUACUUUCACAUGGAAAAGAAGGUUGUAUUUAUGGUGUAAACAGUAUUCCAGUACGGAUUGAGGAAAUUAAAAACAUUUUCUGUAAUGGUACAUCUGUAGCAAAUAUGCUCAUAAAUGUCCCGAAAGUGUUGAUAGUACAAGCAUGUCAGGGAGCCAAUUAUUUGUAUGCUGAACCGGGUUUGACAGUAGAUUCACCAUCUUCUAGUCAACAACAGGCAGAAGGUGAUCAGAUGAGGCAUGAUGGCCUCACAAGACGGGAUUGUUACAGUGAUCUUCUUGUCUGCAUGUCUAUCAUUGAUGGAUUUGUAUCAGUUCGAUCCACUUUAUAUGGUAGCAAGUAUAUUCAAGAACUAUGCAGGUGCUUGGAGAAGUAUUACGACAAAAAACAUUUUAAUGACAUUGUAGUGAGAGUUCAACGAAAAGUCAAUGCAAAAGACAUGCACAUUGAUGUUAAGCCUGAGCCUGGCCGAUGUACUGUUCACAAGAAACUGUGUGAAUAUCUAUAUGACUCCAUGGAUAUCCUGCAAUACAUUAC